AUGACCACAAAGGAAGGAUUUGAUUAUCGAAAGUUUCUUGUUGAUCUCGCCUCCGGAGGCACUGCUGCAGCAAUCUCAAAAACUGCCGUUGCUCCAAUUGAACGUGUAAAGCUUCUACUUCAAGUCAGUGAUGUCUCUGAAACAGUAACUGCCGAUAAAAAAUAUAAAGGAAUUAUGGAUGUUCUUGCUAGAGUGCCAAAAGAACAAGGAUAUGCAGCAUUUUGGAGAGGAAACCUUGCAAAUGUGCUUCGAUAUUUUCCAACGCAAGCGCUGAAUUUUGCAUUCAAAGACACUUAUAAGAAGAUGUUUCAAGAAGGAAUUGACAAGAAUAAAGAAUUCUGGAAAUUCUUUGCUGGAAAUCUCGCUUCUGGUGGAGCAGCUGGUGCAACAUCUCUAUGCUUCGUGUACCCACUGGAUUUUGUGCGUACUCGUCUUGGAGCCGAUGUUGGAAAAGGAGUGGAUAGAGAGUUUCAAGGUCUAACGGAUUGUUUUGUGAAAAUUGUGAAAUCAGAUGGACCAAUUGGUCUUUAUAGAGGAUUUUUUGUUUCAGUACAAGGAAUUAUAAUUUAUCGUGCAGCAUAUUUCGGAAUGUUUGAUACUGCCAAAACAUUGUACUCAACUGACGGGCAAAAACUCAAUUUCUUUACGACAUGGGCAAUUGCUCAAGUUGGAACAGUUGGUUCUGGAUAUUUAUCAUAUCCAUGGGAUACAGUACGUCGUCGAAUGAUGAUGCAAUCAGGGAGAAAGGAUAUUCUCUAUAAAAACACUUUGGAUUGUGUUAGAAAGAUUGUGAAGAAUGAAGGAAUUACUGCAUUAUACAAAGGAGGUCUUUCAAAUGUAUUCCGAGCAACUGGAGGUGCUCUUGUGCUCACAAUUUAUGAUGAGAUUCAACAUUUAAUUUAA